UUGUCAAAAGCUCAACCAAUAUUUAUCUAAACGUACACACCUCGCUCGUAGUCGGCGCUGCAGGAAACUGCAAGCAAGGAGGCUCAAAAAUGGGAGGUGGAGGAACACUUCUAAGCCUCUCUCUCUCCUCCUCGCACCGUUUCUCUUUCUCUCUCCUCUCUGCCGCUAGGCGUUUACCACUCCCCAAACUCUCAUCCCCACCACCACUACUACCACCACAGAGGGUUUUUCUAGGGUUUAGGCCCAUAUGCUCCACCACCUCAGCCGCAACUACCACCACCUCCACUGGCGAAGCAUUAGAACCCAUAAAGCACUCAAUUCUCCUCGAAAAGCUCAGAAUCAGACACGUCAAGGACUCUACAAAUACCCCACAAGCCAGACCACGACAAUUACAAUUGUUGGGUCGCGAAAGCAAAAGCGAUGAUGGGUCCAAGAAGAAGAAGAAGAAAAAUGGGGCAUUGGCUUCGAGCUUUGAGGAGUUGGGGUUGAGUGAGGAGGUGAUGGGGGCUUUGGAGGAGAUGGGUAUUUCUGUCCCAACUGAGAUUCAGAGUAUUGGGAUACCUGCUGUGCUUGGAGGUAAUAGUGUGGCUUUGCGUUCUCACACUGGGUCGGGCAAGACUCUUGCUUACAUGCUGCCUCUUGUUCAGCUGCUGAGACGUGAUGAGGCAUUGUCCGGUAUGCUGAUGAAGCCCAGGCGUCCCAGGGCUGUUAUUUUAUGCCCCACAAGGGAGCUCUCUGAGCAGGUGUUUCGCGUGGCGAAGUCCAUCAGCCAUCAUGCACGAUUCAGGUCUACCAUGGUAAGUGGUGGUAGCCGUCUAAGACCCCAAGAGGAUUCCUUGAACGCCCCAGUUGACUUGGUAGUGGGGACCCCUGGCCGGGUGCUUCAGCAUAUUGAGGAGGGGAACAUUGUUUAUGGUGAUGUCAGAUACUUGGUCUUGGACGAGGCUGACACCAUGUUUGAUCAUGGCUUUGGUCCUGAUAUUCGCAAGUUUCUUAGUCCAUUAAGAAAUCGUGCAUCAAAACAUAAUGGUCAAGGAUUUCAAACAGUAUUGGUGGCAGCAACCAUGACAAAGGCAGUUCAAAAGUUGGUUGAUGAGGAGUUUCAAGGAAUUGAACAUCUGUGCACUUCAACACUGCAUAAGAAGAUUGUUUCUGCUCAUCAUGAUUUUAUCAAACUUUCGGGUUCUGAGAACAAGAUGGAGUCAUUGCUACAGGUUCUCGAGCCUAGUUUAGCAAAGGGAAACAGAGUGAUGGUGUUCUGUAACACAUUGAAUUCUAGUCGUGCUGUGGAUCACUUUCUUAGUGAAAAUCAAAUAUCUACUGUAAAUUACCAUGGAGAGGUGCCAGCGGAACAAAGGGUUGAAAACCUCAAUAAGUUUAAGAGUGAAGAUGGUGAUUGUCCCACAUUGGUCUGCACGGACUUGGCUGCUCGGGGACUGGAUAUGGAUGUAGAUCAUGUUAUUAUGUUUGAUUUUCCCAUGAACUCCAUUGACUACCUCCAUCGAACUGGAAGAACUGCUCGCAUGGGUGCAAAAGGUAAAGUGACAAGUUUGGUCACGAAGAGGGACGCGAUUUUAGCCUCCCGAAUUGAGGAGGCCAUAAUGAAGAAUGAGAGCUUGGAAUCUGUAACUGCAGAUAACGUCAGGAGGGAUAUUGCCAGGUCCCGAAUAAACGGGCAGAAGGGGCAGGUAAAAGAUUCAAAUCAGAAAAACAAGACUAAAGCUGCAUCAGUGAAAUCUUCAAGUGUGCAUGGAAAGGUUUCAUCAGCCAAAAAGGUAUCAGGAUCGAAGUAUGGAAAAGUGUCUGUUCCAUCCAAACCCAUGAAGAAAGCAGUUAAGAUGUCCAAGCCAUUAAAAUCUUCAGGUGCGAGUAGCUCAAAAAGAGCAACGUCUCAUGUGCAAAAACAGCCAGAUAGCAGAAAAUAUGGCGCGAAAUCUACAUCUUCAAAACUUAAUGUUGUUGGGUUUAGAGGACGGAAUUCUUCGUCCAAAGAGUCAUUGAGGGUCAGUUAAAUGCAAUUAGUGUGUGAAUCAUAUAUGAAUUAAAUACCUUUUAAAGUAUGCACUUAAAUGUAUUGUUAAAUUCAUUUUUUGUGGACCA